AUGAAUGUAACAGAUGAUUCUGAUCCGGACCUAUAUGAUAAACCUAAAUUUAAUAGUACAAUAUUGGGACCGGAUGAACGAUCACAUAUACGGGAAAGGAUUGAAAAUACCAGACAAAAUGCUUUAAAGCUGUCUCCGAUUCUGAAAGAUCGAGUGCAGUUCAUAGGUUCCAGUGAUAGUCCAUUCUCGAAACAACAACAUUUUCAUAAUUCCGAAGACUGCUCAGAACUGCAAGACUGAUCAAGCAGUUUUCAGGCUAAAAGAAUGAAGCUUGAAGAGGAGACGUCGUCAUCAUUUGUAAGAUCUGAUGUUAAAUCUCCUGAAGCUGAUAAAGGAAAUAUGGACAUAGCGGUGUCAGAGUUGAACAUUCUUUCUGAAAGAUCAAUUCAACCGAAGAGUAAUAGUACCACACGUUCCCAAAUAACAAAUCCAUUCGACAGUGAUAUAGGAAGCCUUUGUGCAACUACCUACAGUCCAAGUCUUUUUUAUAAUUCGAAGAAAGAUGUGAAGUGUGAAACUCCAAAAAAAUCAUUUCGUUGGUCUAUUGGGCAAUUGGCAGAUUUUCAUCCAGUGGUUAUUGAUGAAACGCAAUCAAUGUGUCAAACACCGGAUCCGGUUGAAGAAGACCAAAUUAAUAAUGCUGUUAACAAAUUUUGGGCAUCGCAAAGAUAUGUGUUGCCAUCUCCCUACUUUAUGAAAGGGUCGCCUAGUUCAGAACAAGGCAGAAGCCCAAGCUUGAUUCAGAGAUCAAGAACUUUCGCACAAGAAUCCCCGCUAGUGUUUCCAGUUGUGGGUCGGUCUACUGAAUUACAGCGAUCUGUUGAAGUACAGACUGCUUUCACAUUCCCACCAAACCUUGAUUUAAUAAGACUUCUAGGUACUUGCUUCCAGUAUGAGGAAGGUGAAGUGGCAGUUUUCGAAGCGAAUUUAUCACUGAAUACAUUGCGCCGUAAGCUUUUCAUUGAUGCAUUAUCUUCCCAAACAAAUGUCGAUGAAAAUGGGGAUUCGGUAGCAAUGGACAAUGAUCACAGCUGCGAUGAACAGGAACGGUUAAGCCGUGAAUGUCCCGCGUGGUACCAUUCGAAUGAUAAGAUAACGUCGAUAAGAAAAGUUUCAUUUGACGAUGUUGUGGAUCCAAAUGAAAGAGCUAAAAUCACCAGUCGUUUGCUUUCUCCAGACAUCUCACCAAUAAAAAAUUAA